AUGAAAAAGCGCAAAGAACUCAAUGCAUUGAUUGGCUUGGCUGGGGACAGCAGGAGAAAGAAACCUAAGAAGGGCUCGGGCCAUCGCCUGCUUCGCACUGAGCCUCCGGACUCGGACUCCGAGUCCAGCUCAGAGGAGGAAGAGGAAUUCGGGGUCGGGAAUCGCUCUCGCUGCGUCAAGGGAGACUAUUUCCGAUGCUGUAAAAUCUGCUAUCCCCUUUGUGCUUUUGUCAUCCUUGUGGCUUGUGUGGUGGCCUGCAUUGGUUUGGUGUGGAUGCAGGUGGCUUUGAAGGAGGAUCUGGAUUCACUCAAGGAAAAAUUCAGAACAAUGGAAUCUAAUCAAAAAAGUUCAUUCCAAGAAAUCCCCAAACUUAAUGAAGAAAUACUCAGCAAGCAAAAGCAACUUGAGAAGAUUGAAUCUGGAGAUUUGGGCUUGAACAAAGUGUGGAUAAAUAUCACAGACAUGAAUAAGCAGAUUUCUCUGUUGACUUCUCUAGUAAACCACCUCAAAGCCAAUGUUAAGUCUGCUUCAGACUUAAUUAGCCUGCCUGCCACUGUAGAGGGACUUGAGAAGAGUGUAGCUUCCAUUGGAAAUACUUUAAGCAGUGUCCAUCUUGUUGUGGAAGCAAUACAGAAAACUGUGGAUGAACACACGAAAACCCUGGAGUUGUUACAGAGUGAUAUGAAUCAGCACUUCUUGAUGGAGACCAGUGGGAACAACCAUACCAUUCCACCACCUUCAGCUACAUCAGACCUUGGCAAUAAAACCCACAGUGAAAAUAUGAAACAGAAAGAAGAUAGUUCAGAAUCUCAGGUAUCCAAGCUAAGAGAGAAACUGCAGCUAAUCAGUGCUCUCACCAACAAACCGGAGGGUAACAGGCCUCUAGAGACCACCAGUGAAGAUCAAGUAUACAGUUUCACAACAAAGCCAUCAGCAUUGCCAAAAUUCCCACAGUCUUUUGGAGACCAAAUUGAGAAAGCUGUCCGUCCAAGACCUAUCUCUCUACCCGGCAUUUCUAGCAUCAAAGACCUUCAGGAAUUAUUCCGCAAGACUGGCCAAGAUGUGAAUGGGAAACUGACUUACCAGGAAAUCUGGAACUCCUUAGGUUCAACUGUUCCAGAACCAGAGAGUUUAAGAGUUGUUGAUUCCGAUGGAGAUGGAAGAUACUCAUUCCUGGAGCUAAAAGUAGCACUAGGUAUCUAGCUUCACCAGGCACACUCUAGAAAUGGAUUUAUACCCUGGGCUACCUAAUACCAGUUCACCUAACAAAAGCAACCCUUUUACUUACCCAUCAGUCCUCCCAUCCUCCAAACUACUGUAGCAAAAACGUUACCACCUUUUAACUUGUUUGAAAAAAAGCUAUAUAAAAAUUAUUUUUUUAAAAAGAUCAUUUUACUGACAAUAUAGCUCUCAGAAAUCUGUGAUUUCCUGAAAUCAAUAGUAUUUUAAUUUUAAAAUUAACAAAGUUGAGCCCCCUUUUAUUCCUCUUUCCUUUUUUUGAGGGGAGAUUUUAUCUUUUAAAGAUAGAAAAUGUAUAUAUAAAGAAAAUAAGCCACCUUUUAUAUUUCACAUAAAUUUGCCUUAAAUUAGCUGCACUUUAUUACAGACACAGAAAAUGUCUUUUAUUUAAAAGAUAGGCUAUUUCUGUUUGUAAAUAUUUAAAAUGAAAGAAAGAAUAGUGCAUAUUUUCUGGGAAGUAGAAAGAAUGGUUUGAAACAGGAUGUGAACAAAUGUCUUGCUAUUAAAAAUAAUCAGUCUAAUCUAGUAUCAGCUAUGCCCACAUCUCCUUAAGGGCUGCCAUGGGGUUUAGCCUCAUGGCUGGGAAAGAGAUUUAGGAAGUAGACACUGUGGGAAUAGUGCCAGCUUCAGGCUCAGGAAAGUAAGAUUCUGGCUCUUUGUUCCCAGUCCCCUCAGCUAAUCCCAACCUGUGCACCAGAGAUGUCUUGUUGGGGAUUUUUCUUACGUGUAAUCCUAUUUCAUGAUUUAUGAUCAUAAAACAUUACCCUGUGGGAAGCUGUAUUUCUCCCAUGAGUGAGCUAAACUGCCUACCCCACUACCCACUCCAGUCUGUCUAUAGCUGUUAAGAAGGUCAAAGAGAGAAAGAGCAGCCCGCACAGAGAUACUGAAAGGAACCAAAGGUACUCUAUCCAGAGCCUCAGGGUUCAUGGCCGCAGGGAUCAAAGAGAAAGCAUGCUCCUGAUAUGACCCAACUUACAGUCUUUCCUUCCUUGGGUUAAUUACUCAUGUUUUAGGUUAGAGUCUCAGUACCUACCCUCUGACUGCUAGAAACAGAAGAGGGAGGGUCUAGCCAGGUGGGAAAG